AUGCAGAUGGACCCGCUAGCAAUGCCCGACCUCCCGUACUUCGACUUAAAACCAACCGUAUCGCUGUCGUCCACCACUUCUGUGUCUUCCAAAACCAAGCCAAAAGCUGAGCCACCGGUAGACUUUGAGUACGACGUCGAAUUGCUCCAGCUCUGCGAAGCACUUAUUCGUGCCAAGGACUACCACGGGCUCGCGCUAUUCGCGCGCCAAAAGGGGAUCCCCCCGUUUUUGCGCUACAAGGUUUGGCCGCUUUUGCUCAAAAACCAUCCGUUCGUGGUCAACCCGUACAUCACCCCAGACGUCAUGGCACCUUCCGACGAUGAGCCGUCGCGUGCCACCGCCAGAAUCGCCGCCGACCUCAAGCGCUACAUCAAGCGCUCCUCCACCAUAAAAGCAGACAAGCUCCUUUCCCAGACCGAACAGCAGGUGUUUGACAUUUUGCAGCACGCGGUGGAAAAAUUCCUCCGAAAGUGGGGCGAACUCAUCUCCUACAGUCCAGGCUUGACCUGGAUCGCGCUAGGGCUCGCAGAGUGGGUGCCGCCAAUCCCAGACACUAACUUUGUGCUCAUUGGUCGUGGCUCCGCCUCCAACGGAGAAAGCGUGUGUAUCAAGAACCUCCACGAGGACUAUGCCCCCUACAUCACGCAGUUUCCCGGCUUGGCGGAGUUGGUGAGCCGUACUAGCAGCGACACGAACAUGUCCUUCAGCGACAUGUACGAGCGGCUUGUGUUGGUGCUAUUACACGCACCCGAGCCGGUAGACAGUGAAAGUGAGGAAGAGCUGUUGCUGAGUCUGCCUGUGUCCGAGUCCUCUAGCAAAUACACAUCCAAGGCGACGCUUCCGGUAAAAGGGGGCACCAUUGACGAGCGCAUUUCACUUUUUGUGUAUUCGCUCCGCCGCCUCCUUCCCGAGCUCUCCAACUAUUUCAACCAAGAGCAGGUGUUGAACGGCUUGGGCGGUUCUUCUAGUGACGAUGAAUGGAUCAUCUGGUGGUUGAAGUGGUGCGGGGCCAAGGUCUGGUCGCGCCAAGACCGAGGCGCCGUCUGGGACAUGAUGCUCGGCUGGAGGGUAUACGAUGAAAGGGAUAGCGGAAUCUCGUUAAAUAUUAAUCCAUCGUGUCUUGCCAAGCUUGGGGUGGAUGUGUUCUGGUCGCCGCCGGCGCAGGAGGAGGAUGUCUUUGAUAUGCUAGAGAGCGAAGACGAUUUUGACGAGCACAACCUCGGCAAUGUGUUCAAGUUCCCGCGAAACACGCGCCGCAACUCGUUCAAAGCUCUCAUGUCAUCACUUUCAAUCAAGCCCAAGAAGCACCAGGCCCUGAAAUCCGCGGGUUUAAAGAACUGUUUGGCUUCUCCCGAGCCGAAUCUUGUCUCUAUUCUCGACAUUCCGUCGUCAAAGUUGGACCCCCACAUCGAACUCAUCUUCAUCAGCUUGUCGUUUUUAAAGACAAAGGAGAAUGUCUUGGUGGAGCUUGACCAGAACGAGAUCCGCGAGUUCUUAUCCAAGGCCAUUCCCAACGCCCGCAAGGCCAAAACCAGAACCUCCUCGGGCAGCAGCAAUGUCACUGAUGUCACUCCUCCGCGACUCGAUGACUCGCUGGUUUCGUCGCCGUUGGUUUCGCAGUUUUCGACUCCGGUCAUUGCCUCUACUCUUUUCCUGCUGGAGGUGGCACCGCUUUCCUUGUCGAAUGUCCAGGCCCAUACGGACCUCUUUGGGGCUCCCGACUCGUUUGCAGCCCAUGAUUUGGUGUCGAACGCCUCGCCAAAGAGUGUGGCUUCCACCAUCAUGACCAGCUCUGGGCCAAAAAAGCACAAGAAAAAAUUGGACUCGAUUUCAAAGUCCAAUUUUGACGUGGCAAAGUAUAGCAACUAUCCGAUUAACAAGGUGUUGAACGAGGCGGGCGAAUUGUGGCGCACGUGGCUCUGGAAAGAGAUGGUCGAAGGUAGUGGAUGA